GCAAAACAGAGCAAUUGAUGCAAGGGAUGGAAACUUUGAAAAUUUUCGAGUAAUUCUGGAGUUUAAUAUCAAUAUCUCUUAAUUAAUCAUCCAAAAUGAACUGAUUCCAAUACAAAUCUUUCCUUAAAAACUAUAAUAAAUUGAUAUUAUCGAGUUGCAUACCCAAAAAAUUCCAGAGUAUCCACACCUUGUAAUAUUUAUAAACAAACUUUUUAAAAAUAUAAUUAAUGAUGGAAACCAAGUUAACUGUUCAGUUAGAGGAAGUAUCAAUAGAGAAGGUGUGCAGGACAUGUCUAAAUACAGCAGGCGAUGACACAAUGAUAUCUCUAUAUGACAUCUGCAGCGAGGAAUUAGCAAAUAAAUUAAAUUUUUUCGAAUUAAUUAAUGAAACUUUUGGAAAGAUUAUGCCUUUUACACAAAAUUUACCAAAUCGUUUAUGUAGUGAAUGUCAAGCGAUGAUUAAAAGAUCCUUUGACUUUAAGAAGCAAUGCAUGAACUCGACACAGAUAUUAACAGAAGCGCUUGAAAGUGACAUCAAUAUCUCUGGGGUAGAAGAUAAAUGUACACAAACAGAUCAACAGAACAUCCAGAUGCACUUUGAUAAUGAAAAUUUUGACACAAUUAACAUACAGGAUGAAGGAAUGUUUGUGAAUUCUCAGACAAAUCCAUUAACUGUAUUACAUCCAGUAGUGUCACAAGAAUCAAUUCUUCAAUUUAAGGUAGAAAAGGAUAAUAAUGAAAGCUGUAUAGUUGACGAAGACAUACAAAAUAGAUCUUUAGAUCCAAAAGAAUUUGAGUUUGAAAAUCCAUUUAAUGAGCAUGACACGGACGAGGAUGAGAAUAAAUUGAAGCAAAAUUACCAAUGUGACAAAUGUAAUAAAACAUUUACUAGAUUAACUCAUCUAAAGCGGCAUCAAUUGUCACAUAAUGAAAGUAGAUCGCUACAAUGUACAGUAUGUAGCAAAGGAUUUACCAGACUUGAUCGUUUAAAUCAUCAUAUGCUCAGUAAUCACUCAGAAUCCAAACCAUUUCAUUGCGAAGUACCUGACUGUAAAAAGGGAUUUCUUAAAGAAGAACAUUUGAAGAAGCACAUAGAAUCUAAACAUAGUGAAGGCAUUCGAGAGAAGGAAAUCUGCUCAUUUUGUCACAAAACAUUUUCGUCCAAAAAGUACCUUAAAACUCACAUGAAAGUUCAUAACAUAGACAAAAGUAAUGCAAAGAAAGAUCCACAAAAUGAAAAGCCUUUCCUCUGUUCAGAAUGUGGCUUAAGAUUCGUUAGAAAUGAUUAUCUAGUUAUCCACAUGCGACGUCAUUUAGGGUUGAAACCUUACAAAUGUCGAUUCUGUGACAAAGGAUUUCCAAGAGCUACAGAUUUGACGGUCCAUGAAAGAUAUCAUACCAAUGAAAAGACACAUUUGUGCAAUUUAUGUGGAAAGGGAUUUCAGAGAGCUUAUAAUUUGCUAGUUCAUAUGCGCGUUCAUACAGGAGAGAAGCCUUACUCAUGCAGCUACUGCUCAAAGUCCUUUUCUCAAGGCAACGAUCUCAAAGCACACAUAAGAAGACAUACUGGUGAGAGAUUCAAGUGUGAUUUGUGCUCUGAAGGAUUUAUUCAAGGAUAUCACUUAAGAAAUCACAAGAAGACAGUGCAUGGAAUAGACAUAAAGUCACACAUUAGAAGAGUUGAAAAGUUUGUUGGUCCAGCAAACACGACAAUUAAAGAACUUGAGCAUGAGAACGAACAAGAGAUGAUAGAGAUGCCAAUUAUCGAACAAGAAGUUAAGAUAGAAGCUGAAUAUAAAACAAUUAACCAGAAUUGACGAACAAAAGUAAUUUAAUUAAGUUUCCUAAAGAUUGCUGCAAAACCUAGUUAGACAAACAAGCUCAUUAUACCUAAAGAUUUUAGUCAAAUGUAACAAAUAAAUAAAAACUACUCAAGAUUUUAC